UCAGACAGGAACCAAAAGAGAGCUUGACAAAUCAAGAUGGCGUCCCACGCUGAAGCAGGAAAGAGAUGUCAUAAAUAAAACUCAUUCGGAGGAGAGUUUCAUUUUUGCGCCGCCUCGACUAGACGUCGUUCGGAUUUUGAAGGAACAAGACGGAGCAGAUACAGAGUCUCUAAAUGGCUGCGAGGAAGUCUGGAUCAGAUGCAUACAACAAUGGACCCAUUAGCUACCUUGAUGACGUUCCCUUCAAGGUCAAUGAAAAAUUCCGCUGCCCAGCCAAAGUGGGGCUGCCUGUCGGUUUCUGUCUGCCAGACUGCAGCUCUUUGCUCGGGGACAGACAGUAUGACUUUUCUCUGGAGAGACGUAGUGUGCGCUGGGGGGUUGAACUGGCUGAGGCCAGAGCAGCAGAGGCCAGAGCAGAGGAGGCCGCAGCCAAGCAGGAGGCAGAGAGCAGGGAGUGUUUGGCAAAGGCCCAGGACAUUGAUGGUGGUGGAGGAAAGAAAGCCCGGUCUGCUGCAGAGGACCAGGACCUUCUACCACCAGCAUUGAACCCCGUCCUGGCGGGGCUGAGCCAUAACGCCAUCCUCACUCCACUGCCUGCCCCGAGCCUUGGCCCCAGGAAAACCCAGCCUAGCAUUCCCCAGCUGCACAGCCUCAACCUAGCUGACUUUGAGCGGGAAGAGGACCCCUUUGACAAGCUGGAGCUCAAAACCUUGGACGAUAAGGAAGAGCUCAGGAACAUCCUCCAGAGCCAGCCCCAACCUCAGCCUCCUCCUUCUGUGUCCCCGCCAGAGGUCUCCCAGAGUGGGUCAGCAUCACGUGGAAACAGCCCGUCACCUCCCAGCACCAACACCAGCCUCCCAGCGAAACCUGGCUUUACCCAUAAACCCAAUGGGUUGGUUUCCUUGCUGGACAUGGACAGAGUUGGUCACCCUGGAAGAACAGGGUUUGACACAGAUGAUCGACCCUGUAAUAUCCGAUCUCUCACUUUUCCUAAGCUCUCUGAUUCUGGUGACCCAGAGCCAGUGAGGUACAGCCCACUCCCUGCUCCCCGACAAAGCCUUCCCAAUGGCAGCCCACCGACCAUACCGAAGACCCAAGUUAUUGUUGCCCCUGAGCCACCCAGCCACACUAAGAGUGGUGCACCAAAACUGGCCAAUCCAGGAUCAGGAUCUGCUGGUCUGCCGUGUGGAGGAGCCCUGCUCAGCAUGACCCCCAGUGAACGUCAGUGUGUGGAAACGCUUGUGGGCAUGGGCUACUCUUAUGAGGGUGUCCUACGUGCCAUGCAGAGACAAGGGCAGAACGUGGAGCAGGUACUGGACUAUCUGUUUGUCCAUGGACGUCUGUGUGAGCGGGGCUUCGAUGCAAGUGCAGUGGAGGAAUGUUUAGAGAUGUACCAGUGCUCAGAGGAAAAGGCCUUGCAGUUCCUUGAACUAAUGUCAAGAUUUGGCGAAAUGGGAUUUGAGCGGGAUGCCAUCAAAGAAGUGCUGCUGGUCCACAACAAUGAUCAGGACAAGGCUCUAGAGGACCUGAUGGCUCGGGCUGCAGCUAGCUGAGCCAAGCUAACCAGCCAACCAAAGCCCUGCCCAGGGCUUACCUCCCGCUACCACCCAACGCAGCCCCUUUCUUUCUGCCUACCCUGUCACACCAUGCCCUGCCCUUGCCUUGGCUGUGGAAGGGACAGCUGGGAGACGAUGUAUUUCUCUCUGUGCUAAAACGUAUUGUGUCUCAGCACUUCUUAAAGACUGUGUGCCUAGAGUGGAGGGGGUCAAAGUGUAACCAUACUUCAUGGUGGUGUUCUUUUCCAACAAAUUCUGGGGUUUGGUUCCAGGAUUUGAUACUGGUAGGCUAUUUAAGAAUGGGAAGAAUGCCUGAGUUGGAAAGAAGAAGGUUGAAGAACUGGGCUGUGGCGUUUUAGUGCUGUACUGAUUUGCUUCCACUUGGAAGUGUUUAUCUGACUGCAGGCAAAGCAGCAGGACCGAAUGGGGAGCCCUGAGUGCAUCACAGAAAGACUAGUUUGAACUCUUGAAACUCCCAAACAACCAAGCUGCCAUCUUCCACUGCUCAGUGCAGACUUAGUAAAUGGUGGAGGGGAUUGGGGGCCUUGAGGAGGCUCUCUUUAAAAACAAAAAACAAAAAAAAACAAUAAAUAAUUUUAAAGGUCAGAAAAGAGAAGAAAAAAACAAAACAAAGGCCCAGUCGCCAGACAGAUUACUGACUUUCAAGAAGUGCCCUCUCUGCUCUGGUGCCCUGCACCUAGUUCUGUUCUUCUUUAUUCUUUCACUCAUUUGUCUGUUUUUCUGUUCAUUUUCGGCACUUUUUCAUGUCAGUUUGAAGAUUCCAUUUAUUUGCUUUCUGGUUUGGGAACUGCAUAAUAGAUCCUUAGUCAUUAUAACUCACAAGAUAAGAUACUACUGCCCCAGUAUGUUCUUUGACCUGCACUGGAAUGGCCUGUUAAAGGAGUGGGGGAAGUUUCUGUGCAGGAAAUGAUAAGAAAUCCCAAAACCCACUGGCACUGAUGUGUCACAUACUGCACAGAUGCAUUUCAUUUAGUACACUGACACUUUCAUUUAAAGAUAAAGAGUUUGAUAUGAUAAUGUAAGAUAUGUUAACUCUCUUUUAACUGUCAUAGACUUUGCAGACUGGAAAAAAAAAAUGUAAGUGAGGGUUGUUUUCUGCAGCCACAUCACAGUGCAAUAGAGACAUUUCAUAUUGUGUGACUGUUGACUGGCACUUUGAGCCUCAAGUAAUUGUUGGGAGAUAAUGAACGUUAUAUUUAUAACGUCUUCAAGCCUUGCUGGAAAUUUGGAUGUAAAGGUUUGAUUUCAGUGAUUUCUAUCAUUUAUUCUCUGUUACUGCAUUUCAUACCAAUCUAAUCAAACAUGACUUUUGUUUGUUGACUUGUCCACUGUUUUUUUCUUGUGAAAAAAGAAAUGAGCGUUCAUCUUGAUUUUAGGUGUUAACUUAAAUAGAAAGUUAAAAAAGGUUCACUCACCACAUGUCAAAAUAAUUUUCCCACCUGUUGAUUGGGUGUAAUUGUAUAAAAGAAGGCCAGGAUCCUUUAUUUUCAUAGUUUGUGUUAGUGGGCCUCCUAAGUUCCAUGCUACAUAUGUUUAAAAGGCACGUCCCCUCAGUUGCACUGAGGUCUAUGAUGGCAGAUAUUUACAUAAUCUUGAGCUCUGUGUCAGUGAUGGGGAUUGUGAGAGGCAUGGUAACAGAUUAAGGGCUUAAAGUUAGCAAAAUGGGACUGGUAGAACUGGCUCUUUGCUUGCCAGUACUUUGUCUAUGUUCCACAAUCGCAAAAAGAAACUUACUUACCCAUAAUCCAUUUUUUGAACAACUCUGGGUUUGACAAAUAUGUUUCUACUGCGGUUUGUUGCCAAUACAGACAUAUUGUUUAAUAGAAAAUAUUUGCAACCUAGUGUCUGCAGAAUAUACAGUACCACUCAAACCAGACGAUUGAGCACAUGCUUGCAGUAAACAAACCUUAUGCAUGUUUGCAACAAACUUGCAAUCAUCCCAAAAACAGUGAACAGCCCAGUGACACACACAUCAUGAUAAAUAUGAAUCUGUUCUUCAAUCCAUUUUUGCUCUAUUUUUGGUUAGGACCGUGCCUGGUGCAGGCAAAUAACAUGACAUAAACAAGGUGCCAUGUUAGACCUAUUGUCCUUAUUUAAGUUUGAGCCAGCGUUUUGUCUGAUAUGUGGUUGACAUGAUAAUAAGUGUUUUCACCCAGUUUUAAUGGCCUUCCUUCUUGAUUUACUGUGAUAAAGAAGAAUGGUACACUUACUUUACAGACAAACUCACAAGUGGUAUUAUUGUCGCCUUACAUAACUCAAGUGUGGUUACCUUACAUAAAGCAAGUUGAUGUCCACUUGCCUCACAAGUCGGGGUGAAUACAGCAUUGCAGGUUCCAGGCCUCCUCCUUUCAUUCCUGUUACGAUGUUCUAGCUAUGUGGGGGUGAAUUGCAACUAGGUUGUCAUUAUUUAGGGCAUCGUGUCUAAGGGUUUAUAUAUCGGAUACACUUCUAAGUUACCACGUAAUUUAACAUGGGGCGCUAACAUUGAACUAUCUUAAUGGUAUAAUAGAAGGUGGAUGAGAUGAGUGUUCUUCCCCAUGCUCCUGAAAUGUGAUUUGCAAAAUGUUCAAUUUCUUGAAUGAUUUGGAAAAUCCACACAAUUAAAUGUGCACAUUUUUUCAGUGGUGA